GUGACUUCAGGCUGACGUGCCGCUCCAGCCCAGCCCAUCCUGCGAUGCAGCGCCGCUGACGCUGUCCGCUCCGCAGUCUGUCGCUGAGAAAACAAGCCUCGCUCCUCCACAGCUGCACAUGCGUUUCACCUAGAACAACACCACCGCCGACCCCGCAGACGAGAUGUAUCACUCUGACCAUGGUGUAGACUUCCCUGACCUCUCCUUCCAAAUCCCUGGCUGCCCUGCAGAGAGAGGCCCAGCAAACAGAGUGUGAAUACAACUGCCAACACACCUCGUUUCAGCCUCCCCCCUCACCCGUACAGGGCCUCGCUCAGCUGCUGCAGCCCCAGUCCCUCCCUCGCUCCUCAUAGGCCAUGGACAGCCCUCCUAAACUGUCUGGUGAGACGCUGAUUGUGCAUCACAUUCCCCUGGUGCACUGUCAGGUGUCGAGUAGGCGGCAGGGUGGCUGCGGGAGCUCAAUGAAGAGGACCAACCCUUUUAGCCCACCAGAGAACCUGGGCUUGAGUCGCACCACUUCCCUUCCGGAGAGAGACGUCCUCCAGAGAGAAGCUCUCCUCUACAGCAGCCUGAUCCAGACCUCUAGUGGCUCCUGGUCCUCCCACAAUGGAGGAAGAGAAAGAAAGGGUGGCGGGAGAGGCGGCAGCACAGCCAGCGAUGAUUCAUCAUUUGCCUCGAGCAAUUCGGAGGACCAGCUGAUUACAGCGCACACAUUACCCAGAACCAAACCGAGGAACAGGAAUCCAUUCCGUCACAAUCCUUUUCUGCUGAAUACCGAAGAGGACGAGGAUGACGAAGGGGAGGAAGAUGACGGUGACAACCUCAGUGGUUACCUUGAAGACUCUUCCUUUCACCUUCACAGUGACGCUCACUCUGCUCUCGAUGACGGUUUGACUUCCUUCCAUUUGCAUGACCUUGCCUUUGCUUCCCAGCCCUUCCUCCUUCACAGCUCAGUGGGAGGAAGUAGUGGGGCGUCCCUGAGAGGUGGCGCCUCGGAUCUUUCUAACCACCUAGAAGACCUCGACAUUUUGGAACUUGCCAGUCAACGGCGCCAUGGAAGCAGUGGCUCCAACAUGUCGAUGGACUGCGGAGAUCAAGAUUGGGGUGAUGAUGACGAAGAAGACGAAGAUCAUCCGAUGAGGUGUGGGAGAAGCAGCAAGACAGGCUCCUACUCUUCCAGCUCUUCCACCCAGCACUGCUCCUGCUGUACUCUCUCCCAGAAUUACCCUCGGCACUUCCCCGAGGCGUUCUCCGAGCCAUUCUUAGAGUGCCAGCAAGGCUACGGCAGCGACUCCUCCUGCAACAGCUCCGAUGGUGUGCUUGUCAACUUCAGUGCCAUCUACAACAAGAUGAACAACAGCGUCCCAGAGAAGCCACCAGUCUCUGGUCCCACCAACCUCAACAGCUCCACCGACCACUCCUGCACCUCAUCUGCUUCCGACCUACCAGGAAACCGAGACUCAACUGGAGGGGCUUUCUAUUUGGACCUUCACACUUCUCCAACCGAACCUCCCCUAUCUCAACAACUUGGAAACACAUUCCCUCUCAUCCGUGAACCACGCCUGUCCUCUUCCUCCACCUGUUCCUGCUCAGUGGAGCACCAGGGGGCUCUUGACCUCGAUGCCAACUGCAACUCCUACCACCCUCCUCACGCAGGGUCCUCUGGCGACCUCGCUUCUUGUCUCCAGAGUCAGGCACGACUGGUCGUCGCCACCCAGAACUACUACAAACUGGUCACGUGCGACCUUUCAUCGCAGUCGUCCCCGAGUCCCGCGGGCUCCUCGGUUCACAGUUGCUCAGACGAACACAGCAAAGGCAGCCCCACCCCGACUCAGCCGAGUGAGUACUUCCUCUUCAGGCAGCAAGCUCACCAGGAAGGAGUGGAGGAAGAGGAUGAAGAGGGAGAGACAUCUAGGCAGGAUGGUGAUGAUGGUGAUAAUGACAAUGAUGAGGAUGAGGAGAAGAAGAAUCAGCAGGGAGCUAGUGGAGCUAAAGCUGGUCCUGUGAUUGAAGGCCAGGUUUAUGUCAACAUUUCUCCUCCUCUGUCUGGUCGGGGCGUUAUUGGAGCAUCUGCAGGAAGCCGUCCACGUUCUCGCAGCUACGAUCGCAACCUGGACAAGUCUCCGUCUCCACGGCUCGGCUCACUGGAGCGGAUGCUGAGCUGCCCCGUCCGGCUCAGCGAGGGCGCUGCCGCGACCCCACCUCCUCCUCCGAGGGUCACCUCCUUCGCAGAGAUCGCUAGAAGCAAACGGAAAAAUGGAGGAGCGGGUGGAUCGCCCUCGGUGAAGGCUGCUUCAGACGCUGUCUCCUCUCACUCGCACUCCUCAGUGGACUUUUCUCCGAUCCUGGAGCAGCGUGUCGAGGCUGACAGUCAGGCCCUGUCGCCUGUACCCUUUACCAGAUGUUACAGUCAAGGCAGCAUAGAGCGACACCUGGAAGGGGGGAGAGAAACCCGGGCCAAGGCAGAAGGUGGUCUCUCCAGUUCUGCAGACAGCCGCUCAGCAGUGGUCCGCUACAGUAAGGACCAGCGGCCCACGACCCUUCCCAUCCAGCCCUUUACCUUCCACCACCAGUUUGCAGCUAAAGCCCCCCAGCCCAAGCCCCUGGCGCCCCUGCUCACAGGCUACAUCUCUAGCAUGCAGGCCCGCUCCAGCUUGGGCUCAGGGUCUGGGUCUGGAGGUCCAGUCGGGGAGGACAGCGACGACGCAGCUGAGAAAGUCCACAGCCUCCAGGGUUCUCUCAUCACAACGGCUCCUCCUCCUGGAUCGGUUAGGCCUUCGCCUCUUGGGAGUUACUCCCCGGUCCGCCUCCAGGGAGCACCCAGCUCUGGGACCUGCUCCACCUGCACCCCCAGCCCUAAGCCAACGCACAGCCUCUCCUGCCCCCUUUCAGCCGGCCUCGGCCCCCUGCAGACCCCGCCCACAAUAAAACAGGCGGGGGCAUCAGCGCCGUUACCCCCUACUCCUCCUCCAUCACUGGGGCUGAAGAGAGGGGCGGUGCCACCAAUGCUGCCAGCAGUGCAGGGACACUGUUUCCGCCGUGGAGGGCUGUCCGGCUUACCAGCACUUCACAGUGACACUCUGAGCCCACUGGGCUGCCUCGACUCUGCAAAGCACGAGGAGGGAAACAAAGGGCACGCAUCCAGGACGCAUAAUGCACACCACCUCUCUCCUCAGGCUCUCAAAUGGAGGGAGUACCGCCGUCGAAACCCUCUGGGAGUGGAGAGGGUCUCGGGGUGCCAUGCUUCUGCUGGAUUGGGGCCGCGACCUGCCAGACGCAAUGUUUUUGAUUUCCCUUCGGUCCCCUCUGGCCACAAGCUGGGACGACUCAAUGCAGUGGGCCAAUCAGCUAAGCUGCAGCAGAGCUACAGCGACUUCCUGUCCGACUACUUUUCCCUGACAGAGAAGCCGCCUGAGGAAUUCUGCCUCUCCCCGGAUGCCUCCACCUCCUCCUCUUUGUGCUCGUCCUCGCAGUCUCACAUCUCUGUUGACCUGACGCAGAAGAGAGCUCUGGUGAAAGCCGUGAACACUGCAGUGGAUCUGAUCGUGGCUCACUUCGGCACCAGCAGAGACCCCGAUGUAAAGGCAAAGCUUGGGAACAGCUGGGUGAGUCCCAACGUGGGUCACCUCAUCCUGAAGUAUCUGUGUCCGGCUCUACGUGACGUACUGCAGGACGGUCUGAAGGCCUACGUGCUGGACCUGAUCAUUGGACAGCGCCGCUGUCAGCCCUGGAGCCUCGUGGAGGCGUCCACACAGCUGGGCCCAUCCACACGUGUUCUCCACAGCCUGUUCUCAAAGGUGAGCCAGUACUCGGAGCUCACGAGCCACAGCAUGAGACUGAAUGCCUUCAUCUUCGGCCUGCUCAAUCUGAAAUCUUUGGAAUUCUGGUUCAAUCACCUCUACACGCAUGAAGAUAUUAUUGUCGCAUACUACAGCCCUUGGGGUUUCCUUCCCCUGUCACAGGGGCCGUGUCAGCCCCUCUUUGAGGAGCUCCUCCUCCUGCUGCAGCCUCUCUCACUGCUCCCCUUUGACCUGGACCUGCUGUUUGAACCACAUCUCCUCCAAAAGGGACAAGAGCAGCUUCGUCGCAAAGAGCAGCUCUGCUCUGCAGGCCAGAGCGUCGACCAGUCGAAGUGCUCCACCUUCCAGCUCAUGAGGGGGUGGAGCAACACUGUCAGUGAAAUGGUCAAGGACUCAAGCGCAGAGGUGAAGAAAGAGAAGGCGGGGCUCAGGCGAGAGGGAACAUGGCCGAGGAUGGAAGGAGUUGGAUCGAGAAGAGAGGCAGCAGCGGGGAAAUCGAUGCCGAGGAAAGAGGGCGUUACAGCUCAGAGCAUGACAGCUGGGCCUGAUUGCAGAGGGACAGUGAAGGAAGUAGGGUUUGCACAUUUAUGGAAGGAGAGGGGGGUAGGGCAGAGGGUGAAAGGUGUAGGGCAGGAGAGCCAUGGACAAUGUGAAGAUGCAAAGGAGAAGGACAAGAGGAAGGAAAAAGACAGAUUUCCUGCAGAUGAAGGGCGUCAGCGGCAAGACAGGCAGGCCGGCUGGUGGUACCAGCUCAUGCAGUCCUCCCAGGUCUACAUCGACCAAUCCACAGAGGGGACAAAGUUUGUUAAGACCGAGAAGAGGAAGAAGUCAUCGGAGAGACGACAGGGCCAAAUCCCACCCACAAGAGAGGGAGUGGUGGAGGGAGCGGAGGCCACUCAGGAAGGUGAGGGCGGGAAGAGCAGCAGCAGUAGCUUGAGCGGGGACUCGUCUGGAUCCAGGGGGCGGCCUUCAUGGAUGGGCAGCCCCCCAGAGUCUGUCCUCAACCAGGAGAAUCACACCAACCCUCUGGAGGUCACGGUGACUGGGAGCCACGACGGAGCCCAGGAUGAGAGCCCCUCACAGGGACAGAGUCUGCGCUGGAGCAGGCUCUUUGGCUCUAGUGUCGGUUCUCCCUCAAAAGCAGAAGGAGGUGAACAGAGGCCAAAAACCCAAAAGACCAGACCUCCAUCGGGUUGGCUCGGCUUGGAUCGGUCUGUUCUCGACCUUGUAGCUUUGACCAUUGGAGCAGGCCCCGGUAAAAAGGCGGAGCUUCCUGCCACACCAACUCGCACCCAAAGUACAGCUCCACCAGCGUCGACGUACCCAGCUGAGGCCAAACUACAGUCCACCUGUGAAGUACGAGCACUGUGCCACCACAUCGCCACCGAGCCCGGACAGCUGAGCUUCAACAAGGGCGACAUCCUGCGCGUUCUGAGCAAGGCUGACCCCGAUUGGCUGCUCUGUUCCCUGGACUCCACCCGGGGCUUGGUUCCAAUUGUCUACGUCACCCUCAACAGCAUGGAGGACAGCCAGGAUGCCCCUGGUUACGGGCAAUGCUGAGCAAGAGAAAACUGUCCGAAAGAUGAAGCCAAACAGACAUGGAGGGUAUCCCUCCCGCACACGGACCGAACACAAAAACCUGUUUUUGUCUGUACAUUAAAGGAUUCCGGAAAAAAAGACAAAUCAUUGUAGUAAAGCUGGAGAUUCUAAGGAUGCAGACAUAACUGCGAGGGCAAGCAUGCAGGCUCAACCACAAACAGACAUCUGCUUCAAGGGUACAUCCAGACACGUAUGCAUGCAUACAUCCAAAAAAACAAAAAAGCACCCCACAAAGAUCACAAACAAACCCAAAGACUCUCAAGCGCUUCUUUCUCUGCCUCUCCUUCUAGCUUAGCAAUGUGCAGGUCCAGUCUAUUUAUCAUCCAUCUCUAAUUUAAAAAAAAAUAGGAGGAUAUCUCGUGCUCCACACCUGGCUGCACUGUGCUGCACAGCUGUGCCACACGUUGAUCGCACCACUCAAAUGAUCGCCCUCGGUGCCAGCGCAGGUUAGUUUGACGUCCUCUUGUAAACUUAGUGCUAAUAUGAUCUUUGCAUUCAUGUAGAAAUGAGUGAGUCUUUGCUUUUUGGUAAGAUUGAUAUGAAUGUAAGAGCUUUUGGAACUUUUGGAUAAAUGUUCUGUGAUUCAGCAUAUUUUUAUUAUUAUAAUGAGACGGUGGAGAUCUGCACACGAGCUCGUGUCAGCAGCUGUUCAGCCAUUCAAAGUGAAAAGAGAGCAGAAGGAGAAUCAGCUUUUUCUUUUUAUCCUCUGUUUUGUUUGAUCUGGCUUCAUUUAAGCGUGACUGUUGGAUGGAUAGACAGUCAAAGUAAUCCUCCUUUCCUCACAGCUGGGAUAAAACGAUGGUUGACACCGAUGACUUGCAUGAAACCUCUCGAAAUCUUUUGCUUUUCCUUACCGUCCUAUUCCCCCUCUCCUCCCCCUCACUCUCACAUCUAAGAAGACUUGACAACCUGUGAGGAUGGCAGGACUGAGCUGGUGGGAACACGGCCCGAUUUAUUGGUACAUACUGUAAAUGCAUUAGUGACUUAAACAUCUGAUAAAUUCUAUUUAUUUAAUAAGUUGAGGGAAGCACCUAAAUGGAUGCUUACAGAAAACAUGGAUGUCAAAUGAAAGCAAAGCAUAGCUGUGCAGGUGUUUUGGAAAUGGGGAUGAUGGGAUUUACCCCAGCAUGGAAGUUUAUUCCGGUUCCAAAUGCAAAGAUCUCAUUCAUGCCUUAAAGCAGGGGUGUCGAACUCCAGGCCUCGAGUGCCGGUGUCCUGCAGGUUUUAGAUCUCACCCUGGGUCUACACACCUGAAUCAAAUGAUUAGUUCAUUACCAGGCCUCUGGAGAACUUCAAGACAUGUUGAGGAGGUCGUUUAGCCAUUUAAAUCAGCUGUGUUGGAUCAAGGACACAUCUAAGACCUGCAGGACACUGGCCCUCAAGGCCUGGAGUUUGACACCUGUGCAUUAAAGAGUGUAAGGGGGGGAAAAAAGCCACCUGUCCAGCUAUUUGUCCUGAUGGUGUAUUUUGUACGUGCUCUGACGCGUCUAAUGCGACGUGUCCUCCAGAUUUAUGUCUGCACAGAUUCUCAUUCACGUGACAGAAAAGGAGAUCUGUGGUGAUAUUUUUGAUGUUUAAAGGGAAACCCCGACACAUUUUUUUGUGAUGGAGGCUCUGUGGGUGUCCUGUUCAGGUGCAAAAUGUGGCCUUAGGCUCAAAAUGAGUUGAUGGAGAACUAAAAUUCCGACUGUAUACUUUAAACCUGGAUGGAUGUUAAACGUAUACAGAAGGCCAGUCUGGAAAAUUAUAAAGAGGUAAAAUUAAUGUACAUAUAUUAAAUAAAUGAAUGCUUGUGUAUUUUUUGAAAAUCUCACAUAGGAUAUAAUUUCACCAUUUCAGUUUUCCGUUGCAUUACUGUAUAGUUUU